AAGGUAUUGCCUGGAGGAGCCGCAGCAGCUCCCAGGAUACCGGGAAGGGACGAGUGCGGCACGCGUGGCUCCGGCACACAGGUUGCAGGAUGGCAGCCUGCCUGUGCCAGGGCUGGCAGCUCUCACUGCUCCCUGCCAUUCUGCUCAGCCUCCGCAGCCCACCAUCAGCCCCUGAGCCAGUGACAUCCCAAGGACCUCGUGUACUGAGGAGGGGGCGUGGUGGGGCCGGGGGGAGCCCUGCACCAGCCAGGACCCCAGUGCAAGCCAGCAGCCAGCAUGGGCGCCCUGUCCCUCCCCAGUGUGCCAAGCUGGUGGAGAGCACCCGUGCCACGGCCAUGCUCAGGCUGCCCCACGUGCCUGAGGUGGAAGCAGGCGUGUCCGAGGACAUCCUCUGUUUCUCCCGCUCCUUUGAGGACCUCACCUGCUUCUGGGACGAGGAGGAGACAACAACUGGGAUGUGCCACUUCUACUACUGGUACAGCAGGGAUGUGCCCACAGCGUGCGUGGUCUCCACGUGGCCCCGUGGGGCUGGUGGGAAGCGACAUGUCUGCGUCUUCCCCAGCCAGGACGUGCGGCUCUUCACCCAGCUCCACCUCCGCGUCCUGGAUGCCACCACAAACCUCACAAAGUACUGGCGGGAGCUCAGCGUGGAUGCAGUGGGUCUCAUUGCUCCCCCACUGGACAUCACUGCCUACUGGGCUGGGGCUGCAGGGCAGCUCUGCGUGUCGUGGCAGCCACCACUCGCUGACUUCCCAAACUUCUUCCUCUACGAGGUGCAGUGCUGCCCUGCCAGCUCCCCAGGGAUGCCCUGCAGCACCACAUUGAACCCCGGUGGGCAGCACCCUGGGGACCUCUCCAUGCAGUCAACUGUCAGCACCCACACGCCCAGGGCAGCCUCCCUGGCACUGGGGCAGAGGCUUGUCCAGGCCAACACUUGGGUGGUGCUCCGGGACCUGCAGCCAGGGGUGAGGUACCACAUCCAGGUGCGCAGCAAACCCGACGGUACCUCCAUGGACGGCGUCUGGGGGCCCUGGUCGCAGGCUCUGGCUGCUGAGACACCCCACUCCUCUGGAGACAUCGGGCUGUGCUGCAGUACCCCCGACCUGCGGCACGUGCGCUGCGAGUGGAGCUGGGACCCUGCAGAGACCCACAGCUCCCACCAGCUCUUCUACCGGCCACCUCCAAGUGGGGCUGGUACAAGGGAACAUGCAUGGCAACAGUGUGAGGAGGUGAGCAAGGGGGCACAGGGCACCUAUGCCUGCACCUUCCAGCCCAAGGCUGGCAGUGCCAUCUCCGUCCUGGUGAAUGUCACCAGGACCCACAUGCUGCCCACACUGAGCUACUUCAAGGAGCCCUUUUGGCUGCACCAGGCUGUGCUCACAGAUGCCCCACAGCUUGUGCAGGCAAGAGUGUCGCAGGGCCGGCUGAGCCUGCAGUGGCUGCCGCCCCUGGAGCUGCUGGCAGAGCAGCUGGACUACCAGGUCCGCUAUGCCACGGAGAACAGCCAUGACUGGAAGGUCCUGCAGGUUCCACGAGCCGCUAGGAAAGAGGUCCUGGACCUGCGGCCAGGGUCCCGCUACCACGCGCAGGUGCGGGCCCAGCCCAGCGGGCCGUGGUACCAGGGCAGCUGGAGCGCCUGGUCCGAACCCGUUGUGGUUGAUGCCGUGGCUGAUGCGGAUGCAGGCUGGCUCAUCCCCAGUGUUACGGUGGUGCCGCUGCUCUUCUCAGCAGUGCUCCUGGGGCUGCGCUGCACCUUCCCCUCCCUCUACAGCAACGUGAAGCAGAAACUCUGGCCGCCCGUUCCUGACCUGCACCGUGCUCUGGGCAGCUUCCUCCAGGAAAGCAGCAAGCACGGCCAGGUCAGCGCCUUCGACAAGCAGCCGCCGGAGGAGGCCGUCCUGCCCUGCCUACUGGAGGUGCUGCCCGGCCCGCGGCGCGAGGCGGGCCCGCCGCCGGAGCACGCUGGGGGCCGCCUGUCCAGCACCGACAUCGCCAACCAGUCCUACCUGCUCAUGAGCGGCUGGGAGCCGCGGGCAGCCGCGACCGCCCCCAUCCCGCCAUAAACUCUGUUCCCUCCCCGA